UGAGCGUGCCGGGCGAGCCCUGAGACUUGCCUUGCAAUGCCAUGUUUGUGUAUGUGCUCUAACUCCCGGAGAGCGAGCAGGGAGACGGCUCCCCGGCCGGACUUGGCUGAUGUUUUCUUGUUUCUGUUUCAGCCUUCAGGAUAAUUCCUUCAGCAGCACCGCUGUAACAGAGUGUGACGAAGACACAGUCUCUCUGCAUGAAGAUCAGACUGACUGCUCCAGUCUCAGAGAUGAAGACCAUAAAGAAAAUUACCCCGACGCCGGGCCUCCGCUAGAGGAGCCCGCGCCGCUGUCCUGCGCGCCGCCGCAGCAUGUAGAGCAGACCGCGCUGCUGGACGGCCUGCUGCGACCCAGCAUGGGCAACUUCAAGUCCCGGAAGCCCAAGUCCACCUUCAAGGCCGAGAAUGGGAGAAGCCACAGAGAAAGCCAGGAGACAGAGCAUGUGGUACCCAGCCAGUCAGAGUGUCAGGGGAGAACAGGAAUGCCAGCUCAGCAGAGUCCACAGGACCAUACCUUUAGGUGCCAAGAAACCGUGCGAGUUCAACCAAGAAUAGACCAGAGGGCUGCCAUUUGGCCAAAGGAUGCUUUUGAAACACGGCAGGACUUCAGUGAGGAAGAAGCUGCUCAGGUGCAGGCAGUCAAGGACCCAGCCCCCGCGUUGACCCAGAGUGUGCCCGCUGAGGGGGCCGAUGCUGCAGCCCCCGUGCCAGGCCACAGAGAUGGGCUGGCUGAAGCAGACAGUGCUCCAGAGGACCUCCAGGGUGCCGAGACUAGCAGGCUGCUCUCCCAUAUCACCGAUGGCGACAACCCGCUGCUGUCACCGCGAUGCUCCAUCUUCAGCCAAAGCCAGAGAUUCAACUUAGACCCCGAAUCAGCCCCUUCUCCACCCAGCACUCAGCAGUUUAUGAUGCCCCGGAGCUCUUCACGGGGCAGCUGUGGUGAUGGCAAGGAGCCACAGACCAUUACUCAGCUCACCAAGCACAUCCAGAGCCUCAAGCGGAAAAUUAGGAAAUUUGAAGAAAAAUUUGAACAAGAAAAGAAAUACCGGCCUUCACAUGGUGACAAGACAUCUAAUCCUGAAGUCCUGAAAUGGAUGAAUGAUUUGGCUAAAGGUCGUAAGCAGCUCAAAGAACUAAAGCUGAAGCUGUCAGAACAAGGAAGUGUUCCCAAAGGCCCACCUAGAAACCUGUCCUGUGAGCAAGCCGCAGUCCCCAGAGAGAACGGGAAGCCGGAAGCUGCGGGCCCUGAGCCAAGCUCCUCUGGAGAGGAGACUCCAGAUGCUGUGCUGACAUGCCUGAAGGAGAAGAGGGAGCAGCUUCCUUCUCAGGAGGAUUCUAAGGUGACUAAGCAAGACAAGAACCUCAUAAAGCCUCUUUAUGACCGAUACAGAAUUAUCAAGCAAAUCCUGUCCACGCCUUCCCUUAUCCCAACAAUUCAGGAGGAAGAAGACUCUGAUGAAGACUGUCCACAGGGAAGCCCACAACCUUCUUUGCCAAAUCCAGCAUCCCACCUCCCUGCUGGCGACCACCUCACCUACCCUAGUGAGACUGAGCCUGUUAGGGUCCUGCUGCCAGAUGAAAAGAAAGAAAUCAAACAGCCAGCCCUCUCCAUGUCCAAUUUACACGAGGCCACCAUGCCUGUACUUCUCGAUCAUCUCCGAGAAACCAGGGCUGACAAGAAGAGACUUCGGAAAGCCUUAAGAGAAUUUGAGGAACAGUUUUUUAAACAAACAGGAAGAAGUCCACAAAAGGAAGAUAAGAUACCCAUGGCAGAUGAGUACUAUGAAUACAAGCACAUCAAAGCCAAACUGAGGCUAUUAGAGGUCCUCAUCAGCAAGCAGGAUGUGGCCAAAACUAUCUGAGAAGUGAAGUGUAACAGCUUCAGAAGAGUCGCUGUCUUUGGAGAGGAGAAUGAGACGGAAAGUCUUCAAAUGAAUCUUGCAAGGAACCAGAAGUCCUGCAUUAGCGGUAGUAGCUUGGGACAAAUGAUGAAGAUAUUAAUAUUACGUGAUUUUACAUGAAUUCACAGAGAGAGACCUGGGACCAUUCAACUUACAUGUUUGGAUUGCUGUGUAAGUAGAGAUUUAGGGUCUUAGUAUUUUCCCCUGAGAUACAAAUAGAUACGUACUCCUUGUAGCAUUCCCCAGAACAGAGUGACAGAGACAUGUCUUCUGCCUAAGCCGUCUAUGGACGUUGUCUCUUGCCUUCCUAGACUGUGCUCAAAGACUUAGGAACUGCUAUAGGCUGAAUGUUGUGUCCUCUUUCAGGGUUCAUGUUUUGAAAUCCUGAUCCCUGAUGUGAUGCUUUUGGAGCUGGAGUCUCUAGAAGGUGAUUAGGUCAUGAGAGUGGGAUGAAUGAAAUUAGUGCAUUUAUAAAAGAGCCUCUAGAGAGUUCCCAUGUCCCUUCUGCCAUGUUGGGACACAGAAAACAGCUGUCUAUAAAACAGGAAGUGGACCCUCACCAAACAGGGAAUCUGCUGGCACCUUGAUCUUGAACUUCCCACCUCCAAUAAGCGAGCCCAAGAUAACAAAAAAAUGUUAAAAUCUCUACAUCUCUGCAAGGGUCAGCUUAAUUCUUUCUGCUUCAUGAAUCUUUCCCUGACAGCCUGAUGUAAUAGCAGAUGCCUUGGACCAAUGAUUCAGGAGAUUUCGGCUCAGUGAGGAACUACUAUGGCUGUUAAAGCUUUAGGCAAAUAAUUUCUCUUUGAGUCUUAUUUCCUCUUGGAUAAAACAGUGAGUUAGAUUCCUUGGCUUACUUCUCUCAUCACUCUCUGAUUCUUCCUUGGAACUUGAGUGACCAUUAGUAGUGGGCUUAGACUUUUGGUACUUAACAUAUACCAGCUUUUAUUAUAAUUUUAUCGUUUUAUAUUUGUGCUCAGUCACUCUCUCUAUAUAGGUAGGAAGGUAGAUAGAUAAACAGAUAUCUCAAUAUAGAUACAGUAUGUUGUCUGUCAGAAUCUUAGAUCUAGUCACAUGUUUUGCUGAUUUUUUGCAAAACUGAAGAAAGAAUAUGAAUUCUUUAGCAUUCUUAUAUAUUGUCCCAUAAUUGCAUUCUUAAUACUGAGGAACAUAUAAAUCCAGCCUAAGAUUCUUCUAUUUGACUCUGGAAAGACUGAAAGCAUAUUAGUGUAGUGAUUAGAAGUUUGGCUUGCAAUCAGAUGCAUUGUGCUUCAAAUCUCUGCUCUAUCACUUUCUAGCCAGAAGUCCCUAGGUAAAUCACUUAACUUCUCUAAAACUCAAUUUUGUUAUCUGCAAACUGGAGAUAAUAAAAGAAUGUGCUUCAUAAGUUUUCUGUGAGUACUAAGUGAGGUAACACAGAUGAGCAGCAGUAAGCAUAUAGCUUAGCACACAGUAAGUAUUCCCUUAAUAUUAGUGGUUGUUACCUGGAACUUUAAGUGAUAGAUAUUUUUUGUUCAUGGAGGGGGUCUCUGAGGAACUGCCAGGGCUGUGUGCAGUGCAGCAGAGUGUAAUGUGAAUCAGGUCAAGGUAUUCAGGAUUCAAAAUUCAAUUUCACCUGAAAGACUUUGGGCAACUCACUUAAUCCUCACUUAUCCUCAGUAUUUUUAAAACUACCCUGUAUUGUCUCAGCCUCCUUUUUCACGUCUCUCUUGCUAAGUAUUUUCUUUCUGUUUUCCCCUCUUUAUAUAAACUGCUCGUAGAAAAUACCCUGUUGAUACUUGUUGACACCUUAUUCAAGAUUUCCUUCUCUCCCGAGGAAUUUGUUUUUCAGUAUAAUCAUUCAGCGAGUACUGAUAGGCUAUAUAUCUACUAAAGGAACUUCAUGUAUCAAGAACUGAUGAUGGGAGAAGGGUUUUGAAGUGGGUAGAGACUUCCAGUGACUCUGAAAUACUUUUAUUUGGAUAUUCUUCUUCUCUGGGUCUAUAUAAAGCUGGCUAAGAAAACAAAAACAAAAACAAACAAACAAAAAUAUCACGUUACCCUUUCCUUCUGGGUUGCUUGACAAACAGGAUUAGUUCCUAAAUCAGUUGAAAAUCUUUUUAUUCUUUUGGUAAAAUUUUCCAUUUCAUACCUGGGCUCAGUGUGGCAACAAGCAGAAUAGGAUGAAAGCCUCUUAAUCUUUCUUUCCAGGCCAGCUCUAUCAUCCAGCGUCUACAUAACUGCUUUGUCAUUGUGUAUUCACACAGAAAUAUUUGGCCCUCUAGGACUAUAGAGACAUUCUGAAAUAACUGUGCUCAGAGUCAGGGAUCAAUCUGAGCGCUGCAGCUGAUUAGAAGCCUCAGUUUCUAUAACUAUAAUAGUAAGAGAAUGGACUAGGUGCUGAAUUGCAAAUAGGAUUUAUUUUAUGGUCCUACUUUGAGUGAUUGGGAGUAGCUGCUUGGGGUGCUGAGUUGAGACAGCUGAGAUAAAACUUGAGGCAAUGGGAGAGUAUUUUGUGAUAAAUUAGCCAUAACCAUGGGAUAGAGGAACAAGGGCCCUUAAUGCCAGAAUCUUUCCAUCCCUUGACCACGGAAGGUCUUUCCAGUUCUAGCAUCACAUCAUGCUAUGACUGAUUCUCUACUUGCUAAGGAUGUGAAGUGUCUGCUCUCCAAACAGGUCAGCUACCUGCUGUAACCAACUAGAAUGCUAUUUACAUGCACUGAAUGUAUUAUUGCCCAUUCCUUUCCUAAAGAAUUUGAGGUACCCUAACUAUACUUUUUAAAAGCUAAAAAAAGAAUUCAGAAAAUGGAAUAGGAAAUGAGAUUAAAUAUAUAAAAAAGAGGAAGGAAGUAUAAGAACCAACUAUGAAAUUUGAGGUUUAAUUUUAAUCUCCCUAACUUUAUCCUCUAGUACUGUAUUCUCUUUUUCCAUUUAAUGCACAUAGACCAUGGCAUAGGAAAAGUAGUCACACUGGCCAGGUGGUAAUAUGUGAAACUCUGGACAUUUCUCAGAUUUUCUCAGGAAAAUGUCUGGUAGAAUCCUGAGAUUUGUUUAGGAUUCAGCAUGAAGAGAGAAAUGCUUUUUGCAGGCUUACUGAGUCAGACUUGAGCAAUCAAAACGAUUGUUCUGUUUAAAAUUCAUCAACAGUAAUGAUCUAUUGCGUCAUUCUGCAAAGAUGAGACUUAGGUCUCAUGUGAAGGUUUUCAAAACCUCACUGCCAUCUACAGUGCCCUUAGAUGCAAGUUACUCAGUGCAUAGUAAAUGGAUCAGCACAGCCAAGUUGGGGUCGGGGAAAUAGUCACAUUUUAAACUACACAGAUUUUAUGACUGGAAUGGUAUUUUUCCUUUUCUAUUCUGCAUUGAGAAUAUGUAAAAAUAAUAAUAGUAUGCUUGUAAAUGAUAUAUUUCUCAGUUAUUCUUGAGACUCUCUACAAGAU